AUGGAAACGGAAAAGUUCCACCAGUGCUUCGACUGUCCCGAUGGCGUGCAGAUCUUCUCGACAGAGGACGAGCUCAUGGCCCACAAGUGGGACAUGAUCCGCACCGAGAUGUCGCGGGAGCACAUGAACUGCCACAUCUGCGGCAUGAAGCAUCGCACCUUUGAGGGCCUGAUCCGCCACUAUCAGCUGAGCCAUCCGGCCAAGCAGAAGCUCGCCUGUCCCGGCUGCCGCACCGUCUUUCCUCGUCUCCACCUGCUGAUGGACCACAUGGAGGGCAACGACUGUCCGAACGUGACGGCUGCCCAGGUCGGCGACCGUCGGAUGCGCAAGGCCCUGGCAGCCGCUGCUGCCGGCAACGCGUCCAGCGCCGCCUCCGAGAUUGGCAUCUUUGACGUCGGUGGACGGGUGCCGGCGGCCGGCUACGGCCAGUACAUGGGCCUCGACGUGCCGCCGCCUCCGGCAGAUCCCAAAGCGAUCGAGGACGGCAGGCGGGAAGCGAUUCGACAGGGAGGCUCCGGCCGAAAGUCACGUCCGGCGAUGCCGUCGCAGGCCCUGGUCGCAGCCACGGCCACGGCCACGACGUUUGCUCGCACAGCCCGCGAGUUCCGCCACGGCGACUCCAAGCUGCCCGACCUGCUGACCGACAGCCCGGCCGACGGACGACACCGCGGACUGGACAGUAUCGGCUCGCCGGCCGAUCAUCGCGGCAGCACGGCCCCCAAGAAUCGCUCCCAGCAGGUCUCGUUGCCCGGCAGCUCAGCCGAGGCGGGCAGCUCGCUCGAUCCCAACCACCCGAGCCACCCCGACUUUGACGUGUUCCGGUACAAGAACCGGAUCACGGGCAGGUUCAACUGUCCCCACAUGGGAUGCAGACGAGCAGGGAAAUCGUUCAAAUCGGCCUCUGGCUUCAUCACACACCUGCGGUCGGACGCAGCUCACACAUCGCUGCGCGUGCAGUGCCCGUCGUGCUCGCGCUACUUCACCACGAUCCAGGCUCUGGUGCAGCACAGCGAGUCACAGUCGGCCCGCUGCCACCUUCGCGAUUCGGAAGAGUUUCACCACUUUCUCGACACGCUAACAGGCGGCAUGGUCGCGGUGCAGGGCCGCAACAUCGACCUGACCGUCGCAUACGAGGUGCAGCCCGGCGCGGUCAGAGACCUGCUGCCGAACGGAGAGAUCCCUGUUCUGAUGGACGGAGAUCGCGACGACCACGACCGCGACAGAAAUAGCGACCGUCCACGGCCGUUUGAGCACUUUGAGCAAGCAGCCCGCAUCGGCGAGCACAACGACGACGGCCAUCACCGCCAUCACGGCCACCACAACCGAGCCAUGCUUUUGACCCGACGGCUCGCGCGGCGGGUCGAGCGCAGCUGCUGCCUGUGCGCACACUACUUCCCGCUGGCCUUUGUGAUCGGGCUGAGCAGCUGGGCAUGCUGGGUGAUGCUGCGGCUGGGCAGCCGAACAAGGAGCGAGGGGAGCAGCAGCAGCGACACGGCAGCGUCAUGGGUCGGUCCAGGCACGGCAGCAGCAGCGGUGGUGCUGUACGUGCUGCAAAUGUGGUCGUACGGCACGGCAGUGUUGACGGCACCGGGCAGCACGACAGACGACCACGGCUACAGCACGGUGCCACCGACGGCGAUGUCGGGGUCCGGCAACAGCCAUGCCGGCAUCACAGUCAAGUCCAACGGCGAGCUGCGGUUCUGCAAGAAGUGCCAGGCCCGCAAGCCGGACCGGGCACACCACUGCUCGACAUGUCGGCGCUGCGUGCUCAAGAUGGACCAUCACUGUCCCUGGCUGGCGACGUGUGUCGGCCUGCACAACGCCAAGGCCUUUGUGCUCUUUCUCGUCUACACCACCCUGCUGGCCUGGCUCUGUCUGGCUGCGUCGACCGCCUGGGUCUGGACUGAGGUCGUUAACGACACCACGUACGACUCGUACGACGACUCGCUGAUGCCCAUCCAAUACAUCAUGCUGUGCGUCAUCUCGGGCAUCAUCGGCCUCGUCCUCGGCCUCUUCACCGGCUGGCACAUCUACCUGGCCUGUCGCGGCCAGACGACGAUCGAAUGUAUGGAGAAGACCCGGUACCAGUCGCCGCUGCGGCAGUCAGCUGGCGGUGGAUGGAGCGGCAAGACCGGCGGAGGGGGUGCCUUUCGCCUCGGCCGCCGUCUCACGUACGACCAGAUGGAGCGGUAUCGUGCGCAGAAGCGACACCAGGAGUACCUCGACGAGCAGGACGGCAAGCUGCUGCCGCACGCAUUCGAUCUGGGCGCGCGCCAGAACCUGCUGCACCUGCUGGGACCACAGCCGUGGCUCUGGGCUCUGCCGGUCUGCAACACCACCGGUGACGGCUGGUCCUGGGAGCCAAGUCCGCGCUGGCUGGCCGCCCGGGACGGCAUCCUACGCGAUCGUGAGGCCCAGAAGGCGCGUGAGCGUGCCGCCGGCUGGGGUCCGGUCGAAGAGGAGGGGGGAGAGAGUUUGGGACUGGGUCCAGGACUAGGGCUAGGGCCAGAGGCAGAAGACGAGAACGGUUACAGCACAGCACCGACGGCACCACCUCGUUAUGACAGCACGACAAGUGCGACGAGUCCGCCCAGCCGCUUCUCCACGUCCAAAGCCGAUCGGAUCUUGGGUCGAGACCCGCGCCUGUACUCGGACGAGACGCCCAGAAGAGCAGCAGCAGCAGCAGCAGCAGCAGCCGCCGCCGAGACGUCUUCGGCGCCCGUCUUUUCGAUGCAGCGUCUCACGACAUCGGGUCGGGCGCUUCGACGCGGACAGCUGCCGCGCAUCCUCAACGACUCGAUCCUGGACGGUUCGGACACGGACGUCGACUCGGACGACGAGGAGGAGCGCCGCGAAAAGGCCAAGGACGAGGCUGCAGCGGCCGAGGCCCGACGACGCCUCCACCAGCAGACCCAUCAGGCGCUGGCACCGCUGCGGGCCCGCUGGCUGCCGCAGCCACAGCGCAGCGCCGGUGCCAGCGGGCUGCUCCUGCGCCAGACGACGGCCGCGGUGUCGUCGUCGUCGCUGGCCUCGUCUGCCGCCACGUCGCCGCUGGUGUCGCCGUCACGCGAAAGCAGCGUAGGACCAGCUGGCGGCGUCGGAUCGGUCGGGACUGUCGCUGCCGGGAUCAGCACAGCCGACAGCGUGAGCAUCAUCGGCAGCAGCGACAGCAGGGCAGCCGACACGGAUGACGGCGGGGUCGACUAG